ACACAUUUCUCUAUAUAUCCCCUUUCCCCUCAUAGGUAAAAACCAAACCAAAUCAACAACCCCCAAACAAACUCCACCUUUUGAAACCAUCGUCAUUUCAAGCAAGUACCUUUUCAUCGAAUCUCCGGCCGGCCAUCCAGCUGUUUCGCAACAGACAAGAACCCAAGAACAGAAAGAUCCUGUUUUUCUUGCUAGGAACUGAUAUGGGUAGGCCUCCAUGCUGUGAUAAACAGGGGGUCAAGAAAGGGCCUUGGACUCCUGAGGAAGAUAUCAUGCUUGUCUCUUAUGUUCAGGAACAUGGCCCUGGGAACUGGAGAAGUGUUCCUUCCAAUACUGGUUUGAGAAGGUGCAGCAAGAGUUGCAGGCUUAGAUGGACAAACUAUCUCAGGCCAGGUAUCAAGAGGGGCAACUUCACCCUUCAAGAAGAGAAGAUGAUCAUUCAGCUUCAGGCUCUCCUUGGCAACAAGUAAGCAAUCAUAAGUCAUAAUCUUACAAAUCAACAAAUUUAUUUCUUGUCGGUGCAGAUCUGGAAAUGAAUUCAAAAAAAGUGAUGAUAUGUUUUAUAAAAAAUAUAGUACAGAGUAUGUAACUUUUUAUACCUUUUUAUCACUAUAAUUUACUUUAGUUUUACCCCAUUUUUAUGCAUGUUAGAGGAAAUCUUACAAAUGAACAGAUUAAUGAACUCAAUAAAUGAAUGCUGGGUAAUAAAUAUUGAUGGGGAUUUGUCUAAUUUUUGUGCAGAUGGGCUGCCAUAGCAUCUUAUCUUCCAGAGAGAACAGAUAAUGACAUAAAGAACUACUGGAAUACACAUCUGAAGAAAAAGCUGAGAAUGGUGGAAAGUGGAGGAGAAGAUUAUUGCGGUCUCUCUUCCUCUGAGCUUAACAACAGAUUCUCCUCAUCAUCUUCAAUCUCUGGGUCUUCCUCAAAGGGGCAGUGGGAGAGGACGCUCCAAGCGGAUAUAAACACAGCCAAACAAGCCCUUAAUGAUGCUUUGUUAACUCUUGAGGAUGUCCAUCACAGAACUCUGCUCCCUGUGGAUUUCGCUUCCCACGCGCCGCCGCCGCCGCUGCAGUGCAAUAAUAACAAUGUCAACGCCGCCGCCUUGUACGCCUCCAGCGCGGAGAACAUCGCAAGAUUGCUCAAGGGGUGGAUGGGUGCUCCGGCGAAGUCCUGCUCGACGUCGACGGGGACUUUCCAGGUCUCCUCGAAUAGCAACGCCGCCGGUAUGACCGCCGUCACCGACACCUCUUCCUCCUCCGAUGAUGCUACCCGACAGGACGAGAUUUGUUUGGACGAAGCGUUCGAUUCCCUGUUCGGGUUCGACACUUCCAUGACGUCCGACCAGCUGUCCCAGUCAGCCUCGCCGGAAGAUGGCGCCGGCGGUAUGUUUCACGGCGAGAGCAAGCCGCAAAUCCCGUUGUCGGCGAUGCUGGAGAGCUGGCUGCUCGACGACAUUCAUGGGGUUGACUAUGGAAGUGCUGAUUUGUUUUAGAAUAAUCAUUUCGCUAAAUGUUAUUAGUAUCAUUUUUUUGUAAGAACUAAACUGCUCGUUUUUUUUGGAGAGAAAACAUUUAUCUGAUCGUAUGUUUCUACCGGAUUCGCCGGACAAUUGUCCGGCCGUUGACCUUCUAGAAAAAUUCAACGAAAAGUCAUCAUAUCGAUCCCUUGCUGGAAUUAAGGCGAGUUUGUUUCGUUGUUUCCUGCAAUUUUAACCAGAAUGCCUCGGCAUUAGGAGUUCUAUAAAUGAGUUUCUAGCGAAGCAUAAUAUACUGAGCGUUGACUUUGUGAUUUAACUUUUUUUUGUUAUAAAAGGAUGAUUGUUUCGUAUUCUUUGCAG